AUACUAUAAAAACGAAAUGAACCGACCAAUUUCUUUAACCAGACUUGCCCAUUUGCAUUAUUUUCAGUACAAUCAUUUUCCAGCCUUCCUCUCAUCAAAUUCUGUGAGCUUCUCCAACAUCCAAAGCAGAAUGGACUUCUUCCAUUCUCAAACCCAACAAAAACAACAGUACUUGCCAAAACACAACAAGAAGAAGAGGCUGACAGAGGACCAAGUGAGGCUCCUAGAGAGAACCUUUACAACCAACAAGAAGCUCGAGCCUGAGCUCAAGGUUCAGCUUGCAAACCAGCUAGGGGUGCCGCCAAGACAAAUUGCUAUUUGGUACCAGAACAAGAGAGCGAGAUGGAAGACACAGAGCCUAGAGCUUGAUUAUAACACACUCCAAGUGAGACUAGAGAAUGCACUUGCCGAUAGGCGGCGACUAGAAAGAGAGGUGGUGCGACUUCAAGAGGAGUUGUGGCAGGCUCAACAGAUGGUGUUCUCUGUGAACCAAGAAACAGCAGCUCAACCUGCUGUUAAUCUUUCUUGUAACUCAUCUUGUGAUGAUAGAGGCAGCUCUAGCUUACAUGAGGGAGUGAAUGGUGAGGUCUUGCAGCUUGAAGAACUUUAUGCUUGUUUGUAUGGUGCUGGCGGUGGGGUUUGACAGAGGUGAAACAACUAGUGUCAUAUACCAUAUUUUACUGGUUCAUCAUAAUCAAUUGCUUGGCUUGGCAUCAUGGGUGUAGAAAUUCUUCUUAAGUAGACCUAGUCCAUGCGGUAGCUCACCAACAAAUUAAGCAUGAGACGUUCCACAGAUUAAUAUGUAUUGGAGUCUACAAGUAAUUUGUUGUGAGUCUGAUAUUUAUUAAUUAGACCAGGUUUGUCUAGAGGUUCUUCUUUACUCAGUAGAUAUUUGAAGAAAAAGGAUGCUUUUGCCUGAUGGUGUCUUGAGUGGCCAUUGAUGUUAAUUUCAAGCUUGUAGCAGUUGCAGUGUCAUAGUUGAUUGAUUAGGAGGAGGACUGUGUUAUAUAGGUCAACUUGUCAUGUAAUGCCUAAUUAAAUGAACGGUUGGUCCUUAAACUUCCUACCA